GCAGCAGCAGCCAUAAAGGAGACUCCACACACACACACACACACCCUCACACACACACACCCUCACACAGUCGUCUGGAAGGAAUUAGACAGCUGAAACAGCGGCAGAUAGACGUUUGGCCAUGUAGCUGCAGCGCUGUGUAACCUGGUUGCUUUGGGGGCAAACUAUAGAAAUAUACUUACAUGCCCUCCACAGAGCAAUAAUACUUCGAUUUGAUUUGACGAUAGAGUCGCUGUUGGAAACUUUUUUUUUUAUCAUUAUAAUUUGUAUUACCAUGAGAGACGCUGGCACAGGCGAUGACUUUUUUGUAACUUUCUAAAACUUUUCAGAAUGAAUCAAACUGCCAGAAGUCGCUGGAGGAGAAUAUUUAUCAUUUUCACCUAGCCUACUUCUUAUUUAUACUUUGUUCUUUUAAUAUAUCUAUAUGUGAAUGAUGCCCAAGUUGACUGACGCGAUGAGAUGCACGAGUUGUGGCUGCAGACACACUUAAAAAAAAACUAAGAGAGGACAAGUCACACAUUUAGGGGAACGUCCACGUUUUUUAUUUUUUUUUACUAUUAAUGAGGAUCAUUCUGUGCGGAUUCAUGAGACUCGCUACUCCACAAGUGUCCCUUGAAACUUUGUCAAGACUCUUCCUCCCCGUGGAGCGGCGGUGCCAGAGCUGCCGGAGCUGACCGCAUCCUCUCCGAAGGACGACCGACGGGACGACGGCCGCUUCAAGAUGAAGUGUCAAAGAAUCCUCACCUACCUGCGGGUAUUCGGGACCACCAUGUUCGGCCUGUCCCUCCUGGUGGGCAUCUCCACAGCCUACAUCAUGGGCUACCAGUUCUUCACCACAGCCGGCAACCACCUAUCGUUUGGGCUGUAUGGAGCCAUCUUGGUUGUCCACCUCAUUAUCCAGAGCAUCUUUGCGCUCCUAGAACACAGAAACAUGCGGCGCUCAUUAGAGACGCCGAUCAAACUGAAUAAAUCCCUGGCGUUGUGCAUCGCAGCGUACCAAGAGGAUCCAAACUACCUGAGGAAAUGCCUGGUGUCAGUGAAGAGGCUGACAUACCCAGGGAUCAAAGUGAUCAUGGUAAUCGACGGGAACUCAGACGAUGACUUUUACAUGAUGGAGAUUUUUAAAGAGGUGAUGGGAUGGGACAAAUCGGCUACCUACGUGUGGCGGAGUAACUUUCACAGCAGAGGGCCCGAGGAGACGGAUGAGAGCUACGCUGAGAGCCUUCAGCAGAUCUCCAAGGUGGUGCUGAGCAACAAGUGUCUGUGCAUCAUGCAGAAGUGGGGAGGGAAGAGAGAGGUCAUGUACACAGCCUUCAAAGCACUGGGAAGGAGCGUGGACUAUGUGCAGGUGUGUGACUCUGACACCAUGCUAGACCCAGCCUCAUCGGUGGAGAUGGUGAAGGUACUAGAAGAAGACCCAAUGGUUGGAGGUGUUGGAGGAGAUGUACAGAUCCUAAACAAAUAUGAGUCGUGGAUCUCCUUCUUGAGCAGUGUACGGUACUGGAUGGCCUUCAACAUUGAACGGGCUUGCCAAUCCUACUUUGGCUGCGUGCAGUGCAUCAGCGGGCCUUUAGGAAUGUACCGAAACUCGCUCUUGCACGAGUUCCUGGAGGACUGGUACAACCAGACUUUCAUGGGAUCCCACUGUAGUUUCGGGGAUGACCGCCAUCUCACCAACAGAGUUCUCAGCCUUGGGUAUGCCACCAAAUACACGGCACGAUCAAAGUGCCUCACAGAAACGCCGGUUACAUACUUGCGGUGGCUCAACCAACAGACACGUUGGAGUAAGUCGUAUUUCAGAGAAUGGCUAUAUAACUCCAUGUGGUUCCACAAGCAUCAUCUAUGGAUGACUUAUGAGGCUGUGAUCACAGGCUUCUUCCCAUUUUUUCUCAUUGCCACUGCUAUCAAGCUCUUCUACCAAGGAAGGCUGUGGAACAUUCUGUUAUUUCUACUCAUUGUGCAGGCAGUGGCCCUGAUCAAGUCGUCAUUCGCCAGCUGCCUCAGAGGUAACAUUGUCAUGGUGUUCAUGUCGUUCUACUCCGUACUGUACAUGUCAAGCCUGUUGCCAGCCAAAAUGUUUGCAAUAGCGACAAUCAACAAGUCUGGAUGGGGGACCUCUGGAAGGAAAACAGUAGUGGUGAACUUCAUUGGUCUGAUUCCUAUAUCAGUUUGGUUCACUAUCCUCUUCAUUGGGAUUAUUUACACAGUAAUCCUUCAGACUAAAAAACCUUUUCCUGAAUCAGAAAAGAUCAUUCUGGUCAUAGGGGCAGUUGUCUAUGCCAGUUACUGGGUCAUGCUGUUGACGUUGUAUACGGUCCUUAUAAAUAAGUGUGGUAAGAGGAAAAAGGAGACACACUAUGAUAUGGUGCUGGACGUAUGAUUUACAAUCAUUGUUUACCACUGAACUCUCUUACUGGGUUGUUCUCAUUCAGUGUUAUUGUUAUGCAAAUGUUUUUCAGAUGCAGAACAGCUCUGGAGGAAAAAUUGUUUGAUUUCAACCAAAAUGGGGAAGGAACCAGAAUUUAUUCAAACUUGAAUAGCAAAUGGCAGUGGCUGCUUUCUUUGAUCUGGCAUCCACGAUCUUUCAACAUCAGCCUGCUAGCUUAUUAGCUCACUUAAACUAGAGUAGCACUCAGAAGAGUGCAUACCUCCGCCAAGAUCAAACAAUCCAAGAUAUGUCUGAUUUUCUUUUUUUACAUCAAUAUGUAAACAUUAUUUCCUGGGAACUUACCAGCAUUUUCUAAAAAUGCCCAUUUUUGCAAUGUGAAGAAAAGCAAUUCCCAAAAAAUUCCUUGGUCCACCUUUGACUGGAGUUGCACCAACAUUGUAUGACUUCAUCCCUCCAGCAAGUUUGGUGGAAAUCUGUUCGAUACUUCUUGAGUAAUCCUUGCUGACAAUCAACUAACAGACACAAUGAAAACAUUAGUGUGGGUAAGUUCACCCUAAUAUGUUUAGCUAAAUAUCAGAUAGUAUAAGGCCAAAAAGCUAACCCUCAAAAUCUGUAACAAGAUUCCACAUAUAGCAGUUGGCAGCAAUAUAUUAUAUCCUGUGCAGGCCUAAUAUUAGCUACCUCUUACCGAUGUCAUUUUUACUGGGCUUAAGUCUAACUUUAGCCUAGCCAAAGAAACUAGAUGAUUGGCUCACCCAUUAAACCUAUUAGGGUUUAUCUUGGUCUUUGAGAAUAUUUUACCUCCAGAGCAUCAUUCUAUCGCUAAGAAAUGUUUUUACGAAUUGACUAGAGACCAAUUCACACUAUGUAUUACCCCUGACAAGUAACAAAAAAACUUUGCAUUCCUAACUGUUAAGGCUAUGGACCUCCCUAUCUAAUUACUGUAAUUGUAAUCUGGACUGUCAGUGUGGAUCCCAUUAAUACAGUAGGGGAGUGAUACAUUGGUGUACUUUUUUCAGUGUUUUUAGGAGCUACAGUAUAAAUUUACAAAGAUUAAAUAUAUGCAAAAAGGGCUUUAAAGUUGAGAGCUGCUGUCUUUCCUUUGUUGCACUCAUGUCAUAUGGAUAGGAGACAAACUUUGUCGAAGUCUUCACAUUUUGUAAAAGUGUACAGUACGUAGUACAUCUACACAUACAUUUUCAUAUCAGUUAAAUCCCUAAAUAAAUUCCAGCACAGUUAUAAGUAGUGUUUGUGAGUUACAUUACAGUACUUAAUUUGAUGUUUAAAACUAAUCAAAAUGCAUCAAUGAAUUUGGUGCAUGUAACUUGAAUGUGAAAAGGUGCAAGACCCUCAGAAAUUUCCAGUCGUGGUAAUAAAAGGCUGCAAAUCUAUUUUGUUGAAUGUGUGGAUACUUCCUGUCUUGUCUUUGGACAAUCAUUCUUUUUUUUGUUCCCAUAUGACGGGAAUGCAGAAUUCUUCUCAGCGUUUACAAAGUGAAGAAUCUCAAACUCAUCACCAGUUGUUAGAUAUAAUCACCAUAUAAGGUGACCAGGCAAACAUGUGACCAGAUGAGACGGUGUAAUAUUGCUGCUGUGACUGUUUAAUUCUUAUAGAAAUCAUGACUCUUUCUUUUUCUUUUUUGCAUUUUGCAAAAUUGUUUUGAUUGAUCUUUCUACCAAGAUGAAUGAACACCACCAAGUAGACAUGGUGGACAUGUUCCAAUCCAAAGAUUUUGCCUUACACAUGCUCUUGGUCUCUUCCUUCUUUCACAUACUGUAUUUGCUGCUUCCUUGCAGGGUGUUCAAUAACUUGCAAAGGAAGAAGUAAAUGUGAGAAGGAAACAUAAAUACCAAAUGAGGUUAAAGAACUACCUGAUAAUCGGAAUGUGAAUGGGGCCGCUCAAUGGAAGCAACCAUCCCUUUGGAAUUAAACAAGUCCAGUGUUUGCUGCAGAACAGGAGCAGACAUGAGUUUAAUUCUUAUGCACUUUUAUGUCUGUCCGGUCGUCCAGUGUGAUGCUUGACGUAAUCAAGAUGAAAUACCUCAGUGGUUCUCUUUGCAUUGCAUCAAGGCGUCGGGAUGCUGUCUAAAGACUGAUGCAUUCUGAAAGUGUCUGUAAUUUAUGAUCUGUUUGUGAUAUCGAAUAUAAAGGUGUCCCUUUUUCUACAUGCGUUUCCUAAUUAAGUCAAAGCUGGAUCUCUCUGCCUUGUCGGCCCUUUGCUGUAGCCGUUUAAUUAUUGAUACCUUGUAUUUCAAUGCGUUUUUACAUGCAUAUAUAUAUAUAUAUAUAUAUAUAUAUAUAUAUAUAUAUAUAUAUAUAUAUAUACACACACACAUUUUUAUUCUAUUUUUGCUUUGCUGCCAAAGAUUCUUUAUUUUCAGUUAUGUUUUUAUACGAAAAAAAAUUGAAAAAUGUAUUUGUUAAUUCUUUCAUCUGUUCUGACAAUGACUUGUUUAUCUGACCAAACAAUGUGAAAUUUUGAGCUGGGGGUUUUGUCUGCAAUAACAACAAUAAAAAUGCAAUUUGUAGGGAUAAGUUAUUGAUAUCGAGAGAUAUGAUGAACCUGUGUUUUUGUAAUUUGUACUUAGAUAGAAAAACAACAUAUUUAUGUAAGAACUAUGUGGUUUACAGGCUUCUGUACUUCUGUACUGAGAUUGUUAUCUGGUAUUCAUGUAAAACCCCUAAGGUUCCGUAUGUUUACGCUGCAAAAACAGAAAAUACAUGACUUUUAAUAUAUACAGCAUGAGAAACAUUUUUAGUUGCUAUAUUUUUUGCAGUGUUGAACCUAUAUGGAGUCGAGCCUCCGAUGUUGAAUUCUUGAUACAAUAAAUAAUAAAGCCAAAGCAGACUGAAAGCAUUCGUCCAAAAGCAUUUGCACAAAAUCUGCAAACUAUCUUUGUUUUAAAGUUGUGAAGUGCCUCACUAAACAAAAACAAAUGAAGAACUGGGAACAUUUUAUACAAUUUCAACGAGAGAUUCUGUAUCGUGGUUUUAAUGAAUGACAUCAAAGGUUUGAGGUGGUUUCCAACCCAAACUCGUAGUGGGCAGUGUUAUUAUCGUAAAGCACUUUUGUGUUAUGCCAAAUAAAAACAACUAUUGUUGUA